GCCAUUUUUUUGGUUCGUGAUUCAACAUGGUGAACUGGUGAAUAUAAAUUGUUUCCAUAUCGCCAGUACGACGCUACAUCCGGUAAGAUAGAACAUCAAUCGGAAAUACAAAAAAUGACUUUGGACAGCUUUUAGUGUGUUCUCAAAACUUUCAUAAAACUAAAGAGUUGUGAACUGUUGAUUUCCGAAUCAAAUAACUUACGUUUUCGACAUUCGUUAAAAUAAGAUAUAGAAGUACUCCAUGUUCGAUGAAGCCCAUUUUAGGAAAAUUUCGCUCUGAACUGAAGACAGUUUCCAGACAAAUGCUCAACAUGAGAUUCAUUUUCGUCUUUAUUUGUAUAACUGGAGCAGCGAUGAUGGUCGUCAAGCACUACCGCUGUCCUGUGGUUCGGAAUAUCCAACCAGUUGACACACAGAUCGUCAAGCAUCUACUUAGACCUGCUGAAGCCCAGAAUACAUCUCAAUUUGCAAAGGAGGAGGACACAAAUAAGACACACGGUGCUAGCUGCCAUUGUCCUAACCCCAGUUCUGCUCCAAGACACAAGAAACCCCCGGUAUUAGAACAGUCCCCUCGCAACACUGUACAAAGUAGACGUAGAACCACUAUGCUGGAGGGAUGUAAACAACUAGGUAUUAACUAUACUGGCACUCUCCAUGAGAGCAAAAUCAAACCACAUAUGAUAUACGACCAGAAAUCCAACCUGGUGUUCUGUGAUAUACCCAAGGUGGGCUCGACGUUUCUUAAACAAGUUCUUCACAUUGUGGCUGGGCAUCACCAUGAAAAGGAUCCUUUUAAAAUGGACGGAACCGCAGUUCAUAAGACACCCUUUACUACCUUCAAUGCUAUCCCGUACGACCAGGCACUCAAGCGCCUGGUUCACUCAGUCAAGUUCCUGUUCGUCCGAGAUCCAUUUUCAAGGAUGCUAUCGGGAUAUGUCGAUAAACUUUACACAAAUAACUACAUAUUCUGGGGCGUAACAGGCAAAAAAAUUGUGAAUACUCACCGAGCAAAUGCAUCGAAACUUUCCUUAGAAUGUGGCCAUGAUAUUACUUUUCCCGAGUUUAUAAAACACGUGAUCAGGUCUGAGACUUCCGGUAAAAAUCGAGACCCUCACUGGUAUCCCAUGUACGACGCUUGUCGCCCGUGUAGUCUUGAGUAUGACGUUAUAGGAAAAAUCGAAACAUUCAAAGAAGAUCUUAAAGACUUCCUGACAAGUCAAAAGUUACAGCAUGUUGUUGAUAUUUCUAAUAUGGACCAAGGCAAUGAUAACGUGGCUGUCACAGUAACGGUCAACAGAGCGUUUGAAGCGGUAAGAGAGAGGCCUAAAUGCAUUCUUCUACCACAUGCACUCGUCCGUGCAUGGAAAGUACUUCAAAUUCGAGGUGUUUUGAGUCAGUUGUCCGAGUUCCCGUAUGAUCUGAUCAAGAAAAACCCAAAAAUAACACAAGCCAGAUUUCUAGAUAUAGUUGUAAAGGAAAUGAAACAAAAGCCAUUGAGCCAAUCAGAGAAGUUGUUGUCACGGCAACAGGCAAUGAUUCACGCCUACAGUUCCGUCUCAUCAGCAGAUUUAGAGAAGUUUACCUCCGUGUACCAUCCUGACUUCUCUAUAUUCGGAUACAAGAAAGACAUUGGAGAGAAAGAUAAAAGGUUCCUAACGUGGGAACCGUUUAAACUCCAGUUUUGAAUAGACAUGUUUCGAAACACUAAAUUAUUCAGCACUGAUUCAAACGUAUCGCUA